GCCCACAUUUCUACACAGUUCACAGAUAUAGUCAGAAAUAGAAGAUUCAUGGGUAUGAAUCCCUGUGGUUUUGAACAAUAUACUGUGAAAUAAAACAUCUUUAUUUAAAAUUAAAUAAACCAUCUGACUAUUAUUUCAAGCAGACUGUAGAAAUCCACAGAUUUACACUCCACAUUUAGAUUUUCAAAAUUAUUUAAAUGCAUUUGAUGUGAGGGAUCACUCUAAAUUCUGCAAAUAUCAAUUAAGGAAUAAACUUAGAGGAAUAAAGAAGGGGUUAGCAUCCAGAAAAAGCUGAAAUUAAAACUGUGUUUUCUUUGCAGAAGCUCAUACAUCUCUUUGUAAGGGCUUAUACACUCCCUUGUAUAUGACAACGCGUAGAAACCGUAAAAAUGAAACGGGUAGAAAGAUGGGAAGGAAAGACGAGCCGCAUCCCAGAGAACUACAUCGUGAGCCGCCAGAACUCCGGCGUCCGUACCAAAGGAUCAUGGCAGUACUCGAGGAGCGCUGGCCGAAAGGUCACGUUUCUCCGCCGUGAAGUCCCCUCCGCGGGACCGGCUGCCCGUAGCGCGGCUCUGAGGAGCGGAGGGGUGCGAAGGGCAGCGGCCGCCCCUCGGCCCCACGGGCACCACGCGAGGAGGCUCUGGACACGCCGGGCGGCGGCGGGAGCCGGGCCCCGGCGGCUCGGGUCAGCGCCGGCCGCCGCGCUCCGUGAGGGCCGGGCCCGCCGGGCGCUGAGGCGGGGGGAGGCCGUCAGGGGCCGGGGCUCCACGCGUGGACGGGCCCGAGCCCGCACCUCCCCUUCCGGCCCCACGGUGACAGCCCGGCGGGGUCCCUCCUCCUUGCCGCCGGAGCGGGUAGGGGAGCAGCCGCCGCGGCGGCGGGAGACGAGCCCGGUUGCGAGAGGGACCGCGGCGGAUGAGGACGGCCACGGCAGCCGGGACCCGAAGCAGCCGGCCGGGACAGGUCUGAACCGGCGCCCUCCCCCGUCCCUUCCCGCCUCGCUCCCCGCCCGGGUGAGCCCGGCCCCGCCGCCGCCCUCACCAUUCUCCUCAGGGCCGGGCUGGGUCUCGGCGCCGACUCUGGCUCUCCCCGCGCCGGGCAGCUCCUGCUCGUGGUUCGGCGGUGGCGGGGCCUGUCUCCAUCUAUCGGGGCUGAGCUCGGCAGCGGCGGAGGGCUGGGUGGGGAGAAGCCGGGCGAGGACAGCGCUCCGGGGGCGAAGGGAAGAGCGGGACGGGGAGGACGGGGCUACUUCGACUCCGCACCGGGACCCAGCGCUGGCGGCGGCCUCGGCCCGGCGGCUCUUUCUCAUAAUUGUGCGACUCGGCCGGCGGAGAGCCGCGGCGCUGCCGCGUCAGCGCGCACCGCCCCCGGGAGGAGGGGGACGCCGGGCCGCGGCCCGCUCCCGCCCGCCCGCCGCGCCGCAACCCCUUCGGGGCGGGGGCGGGAAAGGCGGGUCGGCCUCCGCGGCCUCUCCCCGCGGGAGGGGGACCCUCAGCAGCGUCCCGAAACACCCCCGGAAAGGGGCAAACGGCUGUCGGUGAGGUGAAGGCCGAAGAGACGUUAAAACCGGAGCUUUCCGGGACAGAAACCCGCCUGACUGCCGGCGCGCCGGUCAGGGAGGGGAGCUCGGGCCCUGCAAAAACAUCGGCCUCGGCACCAGGCUCCGCAGCCGGCGGCUGGCGCGGUGCCGGCGGGGGCCGGGGUCUGGGAUCGGCUGCCCGGCCGAGAUGUCACCUCGGGCCGGGCCGUAGGCGCACCACGCGUGGGUGAAUCACGGAGGGCUGGUGCCUCGAGAAGGUAGCCCGGCCCUCUGCAUUAAACUGCAUAACUGGGAACAGCAAUUAUCUAAGAUUCGUUCGGGCUUUUCUUGCCAGUUGUGCUUACGCGUGGAAGGGCGGCCAUUAGCACCGUGUCAAACGUUUUGUAACUCGGUCUGAGCAAAAUUGGAGCAAAGUUCACUUCGGAGGGAGAGAGGAGGAUGCAUUUCUUCCACUUCAGUCAGAUCAGGAACUGCCCAGGGCAGGAACACAUCUUCUGUUGUCUCUACAGGCAAUCGGCGAACUUUGAGAAUCAGUAUCACAAAUAAAAAGCCUCGUGCAAUAAUUUCCACUACAUGUUUCAUUAUAUGUAUCUUUUGCAACCAACUGUAUGAUAGAAUAAACAGCAUCUGUAAAGGAAAAAAAAAUAUUAAUUAAAUUUGGCUCAAAUUAUUUCUGUUCCUUAAAUAUGAAAAAUACAGGCUUCCUAGAAAAAUCAUCUAAAACAUGUCUAAUGCUACGAUAAUAAUGUUUAUUUAAGACAUACGCACUUAGAUAGCUCAGUAUUUCAUUUGCAAUGGAAACAUGGUUCAAAAGUGAGUUAAAUCUGGCUCAAAGGUCCUGGUACCAUUUCUAAAGCACCAUAGCCAUUAGGUACCAAGAGCAGUAACUUUGUAUAAACUCAAUUAGAAUACUCAAAUUCAUUUAAAAACUUUGAUUUUCAUUGUCAGGCCUUAUUAUUUGUCUUCGCUGUUGUGACAUUGUGUUGGACCUGGUGUCAUACACCUCCUCUUGCUGCAAAAAGCCAACGUUAACUCUGCAUAGUGUGGGGCUAAACCGAUAGACGUACAAGUGUGUACUCACACCUGAACCAUCUGUGCAUCACAGGGUAACAGGGCUCUGCACACACAGCUGAAAACUGGUGAGCCUCAGCAUGACAGAAAUGGUCUCUUAAGAGUCUGAAGCUCUGUAUGCUACCAAAUUUACUAGACCCACUCCCCUUAUUAGAAAGGGAUGAUCAAAAAUCAAACCAAUCAUUUAAAAAAAGCAGCAGAAUUGGCAGCUACUACUUUAAACCUAACUGUAGAUAACAAACAAAACAUCCUCACAUUAACAGCCAUUUACCAGAGCAAGUCCAGUAGUAAAUUCUGGUAGCAGAAUCAUUUGCUGCAAACAAGAGGUGCAAAUUGGAGAAGACCCACACAACUGCAGGCACUCGUGCCACAUUAGGGUGCUGAUGGGAGUUUCUCAGCUGCAUGGGAGCUCCUAAUGCUUGGCUUUAGUUAACUUCAGAAGAGUUUGUGUUACAUAGGUAAGAAAAAUAGGCUCCUAGGACUCUUAAUUUCCAUAGAAUAGAAAAAGUAGGUGUUUCCAGGGAAAACUUAAAUUAGUUCUGAGUACAAGAUCUCACAACUAACAGGCUAAAUUCACUCUCUUACUGCAGGAGAAAUCCCAAGUCUGCUGAUCCGCAGAUACUUGUUCCUGCCCUGAUCCCCAUGUGCUAGUGCUAGUUCUUGGCUUAAAGAGCAGGAACAGAAGGAGCAGUGGAAGCCCAGUAAAAUUUUCUGGAGCCGGUUCAAGAACUUUCCAAAGGAAAGCAGAAGAAAUGGGGGAUUUCUGAAUUCUUCUGCUAACACUACAAAGCAUUUCUGAUAAACUACCACAUUCCUCCUUCCUCCCUUUCUAAUUAAUUAAUCUAAACCUCACCUCCUCACAUCCUACAUUAAAUUAAUGUGCAAGUUCUUCUAUGACUAGGUCCUUCAUCUCAACUUGCAGCAAUAUUUGUGCUAUGCUGACUUGAUUGUCAUGGUUAUCAUGUUGGUCUCUAAGUUUAAUAUUUGUAAAUCCAAGAGGGAGAAGGAGCAAGGGAAUUAAGAAAAAGUAGCUGGAGGCCAGCCUGGGCAUGAGACUUCUUUAGUACAAGCUAUUGUUUUAGGAGAACAUGCUUGAGGUGAGGAAUUUUCCAUGCCUUUUUUCCUGUUGAUCCUGCAAAACUGUAAAGAGAUUGACAUCAAAUUGUUUGAGAGUUAAACUGUUUGUGAUAAGCCUAUAUGGAGAGACAGCACAUUGUUUCACUGGAACAGCUUGUGAAAAAAAAAUGAAGGGAAAAUGAGUCAUCAACAUCCUCUCUGCCUCACUCCGGGGGGAGCGUCAGCCUUCAGUGUUGUGAAGCGGGGCAGGAUAUAGCGCCACGGUGAAAUACAUCCCUGUGAUCUGGCAGUGGUGGCACAUGACAUAAGGAAGUCACCUUAUACCCUUUUAUUACGUUGAUCCGCCAUACAGAAUGUGAUGUGAUUAGACCCUAAGCUAGCAGUACUUAGUGAUCCAAGAAGAGUGAAUUCUUGUACAUUCAGAUGUUAAAUCUUGUUUUCAUCACUCUAACUCAAUGUCAGAGGGCUAAGCAGUAGGAUAAAUAUUUGCUACUUGUCACCCUCUUACCACACCAGUAGUCAACCCCAAAUUCCUCUGUUAUCUCCUUCCAAAUCAACAACUGUCAGCUGUGAAUUAGAAGGAAAUAAUGAAGCAUUAUUUUAUACCUUAUUGCAUUUAAGGACCUUUAACCUGAAGCAAGCUUCUGUUAUCUAAAAUGGAAUAUAACUGGUUUAAACAAAACUCCUUUUGCUGUGUGGUUCCUGUAUCUCAUUUUCAUAUCUCAAACCAAACUAUCAGUCUGUCACUGGCACUUUAUGUUGAGUUUAUGUUAUCAUCACCAGAACUAUUAAAAUUUGUGAUGUCAACCGUAAUAGGUUUUACAUCGUAUUAAACCAGCUGUAACUUGAUCUCACUGCAAUAAGUGCUAAGGGAUUAUAAGAAACCUCUUUAAGGAAGACCUUAUCUCAAUAUUGCAAUAUCCAGCAGCUAGGAUCAGGCUGUUUGAUUGCUCACUCACCCUCAUGUAGAUGACAUACUGACUUGUGCACAGAAAGGAAAAAUUAAAAUACAGCGUUCUUCUUUAUGAGAAA